AUUACAAAGAGAUAUGGCUGGCUGGGACAAAUGGGACCGGCAUUGGUCAGUUCAAGAUUCCUCACAGUGUAACAGUGGAUGCUUUUGGACGGGUAUGGGUCGCAGACAGAGACAACAAAAGAAUCCAAGUUUUUGAUAAAAUCACAGGGGAAUGGCUUGGGUCUUGGAGCAGCUGUUUUGCAGAAGAUGGACCCUAUUCUGUCAGAUUUACUGCCAAUUACAAAUACCUGAUUGUAGCUCAGAUGAAUAUCAACCGGUUAGCAAUCUUGGCAGCGCCACCGGUUGGCUCUAUUGGGGACUGUAUUAUGGUCAACGCAGUCCAGCUGGCAGAUGAAACCAAACCACACCUUGUGGAUGUAGACAUGAAGAGUGGAGCAGUCUAUGUUGCAGAGAUUGGAGCCCAGCAAGUACAAAAAUAUAUACCCUUAAGCUGA